AUGCUCAGACAAUUCAGACAAUUCCCAAGACUGUGCACGCAGGUUCGGCAUUACGCCCUUUCUCCCGAGGCCAAGAACCUCAUCUCGAAAAACCUCGAGGAGGUCGACGCUGAAAUGUACGACAUUCUGCAGAAGGAAAAGGCCAGACAGAAGAACUCCAUCACGCUGAUCCCGUCCGAGAACUUCACUUCGCGGGCCGUGAUGGACAUUCUGGGCUCGGAAAUGCAGAACAAGUAUUCCGAAGGAUACCCUGGCGAGAGAUACUACGGAGGUAACGAAUUUAUCGACAUGGCCGAGAGUCUGUGCCAACAAAGAGCCUUGAAGGCGUUUGGUCUCGACCCUGCUCAAUGGGGUGUCAACGUCCAGCCUCUGUCUGGAGCCCCAGCCAAUCUGUACGCCUACUCGGCGGUGCUCGAGGUCGGCGACAGACUGAUGGGACUGGACCUGCCUCAUGGAGGCCACUUGUCUCACGGCUACCAGACGGCUUCGACUAAGAUUUCGUACAUCUCCAAAUACUUCCAGACGAUGCCAUACAGAUUGGACGAGAAGACCGGUCUGAUUGACUACGACACCCUCGAGAAGACGGCCGUGCUGUUCAGACCCAAGGUGAUUGUGGCUGGUGCAUCUGCAUACGCCAGAGUCGUCGACUACGCCAGAAUGAAGCAGAUUGCCGACAAGGUUGGCGCAUACCUGAUGUCCGACAUGGCACACAUCUCGGGUCUUGUGGCCGCCGGCGUCACCGAUUCGCCAUUCCCAUACUCCGACAUUGUCACCACCACCACCCACAAGUCUCUCAGAGGACCAAGAGGUGCCAUGAUUUUCUUCAGAAAGGGCAUCAGAAAGGUCACUAAGAAGGGCAAGGAGAUCCCGUACGAGCUCGAAAAGAAGAUCAACUUUUCGGUGUUCCCUGCCCAUCAGGGAGGUCCUCACAACCACACCAUCUCUGCUCUGUCUGUGGCUCUGAAACAGGCCAUGACGCCAGAGUACAAGCAAUACCAGGCCGAUGUCGUCUCUAACGCCGCCUACUUUGCCCAGGCGCUGCAAGAAAAGGGCCUGGACCUGGUUUCUGGCGGAACCGACACCCAUCUGAUUUUGAUCGACCUGCGCUCCAAGGGCAUCGACGGAGCCAGAGUCGAGGCUGUUCUCGAGAGAGCCAACAUUGCUGCCAACAAAAAUACCGUGCCAGGCGACAUCUCGGCUUUAUUCCCAUCCGGACUGAGAGUCGGCACCCCAGCCAUGACCACCAGAGGCUUCCUGAAGCCGGAGUUUGCCAAGGUGGCAGACUUUAUUGAGGAAGCCAUCAAGAUCGCUAUUGAUCUUAAGGCUAAGGAGACCGGAGCCUCUCCUAAGGAGAAACUUGCAGACUUCAAGCGUCUGGCCAGCGAGAGUGAUGCCGUCAAGCAGCUCGGCGCCAAGGUCCAGGAGUUUGUGUCCCAGUAUCCAGUUCCAGGCGAACAGUAG